GCCUAGGCUCCUUCGACCCCUCCAGCAUGUUUGAACGUUGGAACUUCGCACCCUUUCGCGCUUAGCUCCAACGAUGCCGACGUCCAGCCCCUCUGUCGAAUCUUGCGCCCAUGGAAGAGAACGCCGGUGGAAGGGAAUGGCGUACCUAUAAUACAGGGGUGAUAUGUGUGGCGAUGAUGCUGGGUGGAGACUCGAGGGGCUAGAGCAGAGAACCCCACACUUUCGACUCUUCGAAUUGGAUUGGAUUGACGUGACAUCUCAAGAUCUCAUGGGCGCGCGUAUAUGCGUCCAGCAUGGCACGGAUUCUGUCAAAUAUUCCACUGAGCAGCUCCGCGCGGCGCAUGUCUGCGUCGGGGGCUUGAAGCGCUCAGCGUUCAGCAAUUCCCCCUGGACCGGGUACAUCGCUCGUCAUUGGCGAAACCGUCUUGGACGCUCUCGUGGCCAGGCUGUCCUGUUAUCGGCCGCGUGGAGAUCCAUCGAUCAGACGAGAUCUCGAAAGAAUCGUCGCGGCUGCCCGGAAUAGGCACCUCCACACAUCAUUUGAUAAUUUCUAUUCGAAAUGGAUGCAAUUUUUAGAUUACUUUUCGACAAUCUCCGAUGAGGGUUUCGGUUAGGGACUGUGACUAGUCAUGGUUCCGGAAAGGAAGGCUGUCGUUGUCACACACUCCUUCUGUGACAAUCGGGCUCGUCCAAG